AUGUUGGUCUGCCACCACCCCACAGUGCUGCGCAUGGUGCUGGAGGCCCUGCAGGCAGGGGAGCAGCGCCAUGGCACCUCAGUGGCAGCCAUCAAGCUCUGCAUCCUGCACAAGUACCCAACAGUGGAUGUCAUCCGCUUCAAGUACCUGCUGAAGCAGGCCCUGGCCACCAGUGUGUGUCAUGGCCUCCUCACCAGGCCCCUCAACUCUAAGGCUAGGGGUGCCACUGGCAGCUUCAAGCUUGUCCCCAAGCUCAAGAGGAAGACCUGGCCCAGCAGGAAGCCCCUCCAGAGAGGGCUGGCCAGCUCCAGCAAGAAGGGGCCUGUAGAGCCAGGUGAGCCGAGGGUUCCCCCCAGGCUGGCCAAGGCCCUGGAGAAGGCCCCCCAAGGAGGCUGCAAGGGCACCAGGCCACAGCAGGGUGAGGCCAGGAAGGGCCCUCCAAAGCCAGUUGGGGCCUCCUCCAGGGUCCACCGGCUUGACAGGAAGUCAAAGGUCCUGGACACCCAGGGCAGGCAAGGAGAGGCAGGGGCCCCUGGAAAAACGGUAGCCAUGGCCUCCAAGGCUGGGAAAGGGGCUGCGUCCCCAACAGGCAGGAAGCCAGCAAUCAAGGCCACCUCAGGGCCUGGACCCGAAGCCACCACUGCUCCCAAGUUUGGGGGGCCCAGGCGGGGGAUGCUGUCCCCAGCCAGGAGGGCUGGGGGCCUCUGCAGGCCCAGGCCACUGGUCAAGGCCUUGUCCUCACCGUCGUCAUCCUCAGAGCCCAGGGGUUAG